AUGCUCAAGUGUUCUCUAGAACCUGAAGAUAAUCCUUCCCCACCAUCACUAGAUACGCUUAUAGCCAAUGAUCUUUCCACACCCUUACCACCUGCAUUUUCCCGUUCAAGAUUUGUUGAAUACCUUAGUGGUUGUCAUGCGCUUGAAAACUUUGAGUUUAUCGUUGCAUUAGUACGUUUCUGUAUUCAUUCCCGAUCAGAUAUAGGAGUUUGGCGUUUAAUCUACAACAAUUUUAUUGCUGUUGAUCUGACUCGAGAAGUGAACAUCCCAUGUGAAGUUCGGAAUCGGUUCGAGCCUCAUCAAAUUCCUCAUGAUGAUGAUUUGCAUUUGGUCAAGAUGGCGGUGUAUGAUAUCCUUUUAGAUUCCUAUAAUGAUUUCGUUAGAGUCACGAAACGUCAAAUGGGUUACCCUUAUACAAGUACCAGUAUUUCUUCACCUCCACCAGCAGAUACUAUUGGUUCUCCUAUACAUCGCAGAUCUUCAGAUUACGUGGCGCCAGAUGUACCGUUAGCGCCAGUCCCAAGGCCAGUUUUAAAUAGUCAAUGGCAUACAUUUCCAGAUAUCCCCUUGUUGUCGGAAUCCCAUAGUGUCCAUAUUACUCACUAUGCAUCAGAACUGGAUGCAAACCCUCCUCAUGUUGCCCCCAGAAGUGCAUCUACUCCUGGCCCAACACAUCACCUUGUCAAUGGUGGGCCUACCCUGUCACCUUAUGGAGGCGCUACAACUCCUUCGAGUACCCCCUUUGGAAGUGGAUCUGAGGACACUCCUGCAAGUUCCCGUGGAUCUCUGUUGGGAAGCAUAAUGGAAAACUUGAAAGCAGGAGAGUUAACUUCUUGGAAAAAGGCUGUAAAGAAGUUCAAGUUGAGACGUUUCUCCAAUGACUACUAA